AGGAGGUCAUAGCUCCUUCCCUCCCGGGUCUCUGCCUCCUUCCAGCUGGGCCUUCUCUUCUGGUUGCUUCUCUUGAUGCUCUAGUAACCAUGAGCCGCCAAUUUAGCUCUCGGUCAGCAUUUAGCUCCAGGAGCAGGCGGUUUUACAACAUUGGCUCUUCCGCGGGCUCUGGUGGUGGGAGUCGGGCUGUGGGGUCUGUGUGUCAGGCCCGAGGCAGGUGUGGUGGUGGUGGGUAUGGGGGCCACGCCAGGGGGUUUGGUUCUAGGAGCCUCUACAAUCUGGGAGGCAGCAAAAGCAUCUCCAUUAGCCUAGUGGGGAGAAAUGCCAGUGGUUGCUGCCAGGGUGGGGGAGUGGGAGGGGGACUUGGAGGGGGCAGAAGCUUUGGGGGCGGUGGCUUCGGAGGUGGUGGCUUUGGGGGUGGUGGCUUUGGAGGUGGCGGCUAUGGAGGAGGUGCUUUUGGGGGUAGCAGUUUUGGGCUUGGGGGCUUUGGUCCUUCCUGUCCCCCAGGGGGCAUCCAAGAGGUGACUAUUAACCAGAGCCUCCUGCAGCCACUUCACUUGGAGGUGGACCCUGAAAUUCAGAAAGUCAAGACCCGGGAGCGGGAGCAGAUCAUGGCCCUCAACAACAAGUUUGCCUCCUUCAUCGACAAGGUGCGAUUCCUGGAGCAGCAGAAUCAGGUGCUACAAACCAAAUGGGAGCUGCUGCAACAGGUGAACACCUCUACUCGGACCAAUAACCUGGAGCCCGUCUUGGAGGGCUACAUCGGCGAGCUACAGAGGCAGGUGGAUUUUCUCAAUGCGGAGCAGAUGCGCCAGAACACAGAAAUCAGGAGUAUGCAGGACAUCGUGGAGGACUACAAGAGCAAAUAUGAGGAAGAAAUCAACCGGAGGACCAGCACUGAGAAUGACUUUGUCGUCUUGAAGAAGGACGUGGAUGCUGCUUACAUGGGCAAGGUGGACCUACAGUCCAAGGCGGAUGCUCUGUUUGGGGAGGUCAAUUUCCUGAAAUAUUUAUUUGAGAUGGAGCUGUCCCAGAUGCAGACACACAUCAGUGACACCAAUGUCAUCUUAUCUAUGGACAACAACCGCUCCCUGGAUCUGGACAGCAUCAUUGACGCAGUGCGGGCCCAGUAUGAGCUGAUCGCACAGAAGAGCAAGGACGAGGCCGAGGCGCUGUACCAGACCAAGUACCAGGAGCUCCAGAUCUCCGCGGGCAGGCACGGGGACGAGCUGAAGAGCAGCAAGAUGGAGAUUGCUGAGCUGAACCGAACCAUCCAGCGGCUGCAAGCAGAGAUCAGCAACAUCAAGAAGCAGAUCGACCAGAUGCACGUGGCGAUUUCGGAUGCCGAGGAGAGAGGAGAGCAGGCCCUUCAGGACGCGCAGCAGAAGCUCCAAGGCAUGGAGGCCGCCCUGCAGCAGGCCAAGGAGGAGCUGGCCCGGCUGCUACGGGACUACCAGGCGCUGCUGGGGGCCAAGCUGUCCCUGGACGUGGAGAUCGCCACCUACCGGAAGCUGCUGGAGGGCGAGGAGAGCAGAAUGUCAGGGGAGCUGCAGAGCCACGUCAGCAUCUCGGUGCAGAGCAGCCAGACUACCGUCAGCGGCGGCGGAGGCGGCGGUGGCCGAGGCUCUGGAGCUUACGGCGGUGGCUACAGUGGCGGCAGCUCCCUCAGAGGCAGCGGCUACAGCGGGGGCUCCCGAGGGGGCGGUGGAGGUGGUUAUUCGGGCGGCAGCAGCGGGAGCUAUGGAGGAAGCAGCAGGGGCAGCAGCAAGUACGGAAGCAGAGGCGGCGGGGGCUCCUCCCGCGUGCAGAUCAUCCAAACCUCCACCAACACCUCCCACAGGCGAAUCCUGGAGUAGAGGGAAGGCUCACACGCCCCGCAGCGGCAGGGCUCUCGCCUAUCCCCUCCCCCCACGCCCUUCCUGAACCCCUCUCACCUUUUUCUUAUGGGUCGCAGCAGUUUUGCCAAUACAUUCGUUCCACUCUAGCUGGGGAAGCAGGUGGAUAGUGGGUCACCCCCAAUAGCAGAUAUAUCUUCGGAGGGUGCUGGCUGGCAGGCGGCAGAGUCACAGCCAGGCACACUCAACUCAGACUCCACUCAGCUGGCCCUGCUCCUGCCCCUGGGGACACCCAAGGGCCCCAGUUUAGAGAUGGAGGAAAAAGAGCCUCGAAGUGUAUCUACGAAGCGGAUAAUAGUUAAUGUCAAGGACCCCGGGUACUUCACUCCCAGGCUCCCUUUCCUGCACCUGGGCUGCUCUGUGAGCAAUAAUCCACCCCUUAGGGGACCCACAGAAUGAGGCCUCCGGGCGAGUAGCUUGGCAAGGGGAACCUCUGUGUCUGGGGCCUGUUACUGCCUGUUGGUCUGUUAGCCUCAUACUUUCAUUUUCUCCAUCCCUGGAGAGUGUGGGUUUGUGGUCCUCAUCAGAUGCCUGCAAAUGAUGUCUGAUCUUGAUUCUGAAUCUCUGUCUUAAGAAGCAUUAUCUUCUGGGUGAACAGCCCAAGGUGGGAGUAUUUCAGAAGGCAUUCGUCCUUGUCCCUGGGAAGGACUAAUGAUCCCUAAAUGGAGGAGUCGAUGGACAAUAACCCAGUUCUGUCCUGUCUUGCCCUUCUGAAAGCUCCUCCUUUGGGAGCCUGGCCCUCCCUCAACUCUGCUCCAUAAUGGCCCUCCUGAGAAUUAUCUAGGAGGCUGUGUCCAGGCCCUGGAGAGUUUGAGGGUCAGACAUGGGUCUUGGGAGGGUUCAGUCCUGAACCAGUUUGGAAGCUGCCUGUUAUUUAUAAGGAAGCUUAGUGCCCUCUCCUAGGUCUCAAAGUCCCUUCUGCCUCCUGUUCUCUGUGACUGAGCACUUUGUGAGAAUCUGAUGCUUGAAAUGUGCCGCAGGGGACAGGAAGGGGAAACUAUCGGCCACCUAGUGGGCCUUGAGAGGGGGAAGGUGGCUUUAUUUCUGGAAGUCACCUGCACUUGUUUGUUGAGUGUCCUAAUACAACCUCCAAGUCCAUGAUUCUCUUGGGGCAUCUGAUGGGCUCAGCGUGGGUCCCUUGGGGAGUGCUCUGACUUUAUCAUUUCCUGGUUGAAGCUUGUACCUUGAAGGGCUUGACAUUUUUGGUGUUUCUACAAUAAAAUUUUCUGUGAUCUCAAA